UUGUGCCUCGUUCUUCUAGUAAUGAUGUUUAAGUUUGUCUAAUCAUGGGAUGGACUUUCCUUUGCUGCGUUUGUCAACCGGAACGAUCAAAAAAGAAAUUUGCACCAGUGACGAGUGUUGAUUUGUCAAGAUGUAAUUUAUUCGAAAUUCCCAUGGAUGAUUUUGAUCCAGGAAAUUUAACAGAACUAGAUUUGAGUUACAACAAAUUAGAUGACUUAAAUCCCCUUCUGAUGAGAUGUAAUCAUUUAAAAGUUCUGAAUUUAUCGGACAAUCAGCUUAAAGAAAUUCCUGAAGCACUUUGCGAUGCUUUUAAACAUCUUCAGGAUUUAAAUUUGUCGCACAAUCAAUUUGAGAUAAUACCAUCAGUGAUUGGUUGUUUUCAACAUAUCCAGUGUUUAGAUCUGUCGAAUAAUCCAAUUGAAAAGAUUCUUGAUGGAACAAUUACAGAAUUGAUCAAUCUGAAAGAGCUUAGAUUAAAUAGCUGUGCCAUUGUUUUUUUACCGGCUAAUAUCGGUCGAUUAGUUAAUUUAGAAACGUUGGAAUUGCGUGAAAAUUAUUUAGAAAAUCUUCCGCCGACAAUAAAAUUACUUCAACGAUUAAAAUUACUUGAUAUGGGACGCAAUAACUUUGAAGAUCUUCCAUCGGAGCUUGGACAGUUAAAAGCUUUACAGGAACUCAUCUUGGAUGAAAAUAAUCUUUGUGAUAUAUCAGUGGUUGGUGACUUGAUAAAUUUAAAACACUUGGAUAUAGCUUCGAACAGAUUGGAUUUAUUUCCAGAGGAAGUGACGAAUUGUACAUUGCUUGAAAUUUUAGAUGGUGAUGGAAAUGAUUUUGAUGAAGUUCCCGACUCAAUCGGAAAUCUUGUGAAACUUAUGAGGCUAAAUCUUAACUUCGUUGGAUUAAAGUUAUUACCAGACUCCCUUGGAUUAUGUCAAGCAUUAGAAGAAGUUAAAAUUCAAGAAAACUAUGUUCAGAAUCUUCCAUCUACGAUUGGUUUGUUGAGAAAUCUUCGCAUUCUUAUAGCACAUGACAAUUGUCUCGUACAAUUACCCGAUGAGUUAGCAUCAUGUGUUAGUCUCACUUGUUUAAACGUUGCCAAUAAUCAACUUACAAGACUUCCUGAUAACAUCGGACAUUUACGGCAACUGAGGUCUUUAAAUUUGAUGGGAAACUUCUUAAUGUACCUGCCAUUAUCCCUAGGAAUGCUUGACAGCUUAGAAGGUUUGCAAUUGUCUGCUUAUCAAACUGGUAUGGGAAAGCCAAGGUUGUCUCAAAUUGAAUAUACCGAUGUAGGAAUCGUUCUUAUCUCUCCCCUUCUUGAACAAAAUUAUCAACCAAGCGCUCAAAAAUCGCCAAAAAAAAAUCAAACGAACAAAAUUCAAUUCGACGUCAGGGGAACCUUCAAUGAGGAUAGUAGUAAGGAGGAAGGAAAGUCUUCAAAAGAUCAUCCGCAAAUUACAAGAAUACCAACACCAACACAAAAAGAAAGAAAGAAACUUGAAAAGAGUGCCAGAUCAAUAAGCGCUGAACAUCAGAAGAAAAAUGACAUUUCAAAGCCAUUUGAAAUCAAAGAAGCUCGGGUUGCAUCAACCUUAGGCGCGUCAUAUUCAAAUACACCACGUCAAAGAAGCUCCAUAGAUCCUGAAUAUAUUGAGCUGACAAACUCUAGUGAAUUCAGACCUUUAACCCGACCCACCGAACCUCCACCUUACCAAUUUGCCAGACAGUAUUCAAAGAUGAGCGCUGCAGAACUUGAAAGCUUCCAAAAAAAUGCUAGUGAAAAUCAAAAGAACGUUGAUUUCGAAAACACUUCACUUAUGCAAGAGCCAAUGUUACAGUAA